AAAAAAAAAAGAAACCAAAGGUUAUAAAAACCAAAGGUUAGCAGGGUUUGCCGCAGGCCCCGGCGUUAGCUGACUGGCAAGACAGCCGUUGUUAAUGUAUUUGUGAGGGCUUCUUCAUGACCUCCAGACUCUAUAGAAUGUGACAUAAGUGACUCCAUUUGGGUAAAGGCAAGUGUCACAGGGGGCAGAGACCAAGAGAGACCGCAAGAUGACCCCUAGAAGGGCAGGGGAACAGGGACGAGCCACGUACUGAGCUGCCAGGGUGGGGGGCGGGCCCUCCAGACACCCAGAAAUGCCGCAGCCAGGACCGUGGGAUGCGCAGACUCGCCCAAGGGGCAGCGGGCAGCUUGGCCAGGAGAGAACGAAGAGGGGCCGAGGCUGAGGUUCCAGGAAGGGAGGGCCUCGGGCGGCCAGGGACGUCGCUUGUCAUUUGGGGGAGGACAACGCGCGCAGAAAGCGCAGUCAUCUCAAGCUGACCUCCAGGGCUAGCGGGUUCGAGGGCCGGCGUGUCUGAAAGCCCCGGCCCGUCUACGGCGCGGGGACUGUGGGUCUGGCCCGCCGCUCGGCCCCUGCCCAGGCGCAUCGCUCGAGCCCCGGCGGAGCGGCCAGCUUGGCUCGGGGUAGCGGCCGCCCCAGCCCGGGUGCCGCCCAGCUCCGCCCCGCCCUGCGGGGUCCGCGACCUCGGGAGGGUCCGGUCCUUCCCUCGGCCCCUGGGGCUGCGCCCCGGUGAGGCCAUGGGCUCCUUGCCGGUGACCACGCGACGAGGAUGGCCCCCAGCCCAGGACGGCGCCCAAGGGCGGCCCAGCUCCAUCCCCGCGCCGCGGGCCCGGGACCAAGGCGUCGGGCGCCGGGGACUGCUGCCAACAUGGCGGCGCCGCCCGGCCGCCUCCGCGGCUCCCGGGUGUCUGCGUGCUCCCGCGAGUGCGCGGGCAAAGCCGGGGCCGCCCGACUACAGGAGGCGAGAGGAGCCCAGCGCCAGCACCGCGGAGCGACCCACGCGGGAUCCGCGGCAGCGACCACGCCCCGGGAGGAUCCCAGGACCGCCCUGUUGCCACCGCCGCGCCCCGGGCGUAUCUGGGCAUGCGCGGCCGGGCGCAAACGCGGUGAACCCGAGGGCUGGGCGGAGCCGCCGCUGUUCUCUGACGCAGCGCCGCACAACGCAGCCUCGCACGCUGGAACGCAGCGGCGACCGGCGCAGGCGCAGUGGCUUUAGGGAGACGCAGCGCAUGCGCAGUCGCGUAGCCGUGCGAUGGGCGGGCUGUUGACGGCGGUGCAAUGGCUGCCUGCGAGGGCCGAAGGAGAGGAGCUCUCGGUUCUUCCCAGAGUCGGACCUCCUGACGCCGCCAG